AUGACCCACUUUGUUUUGUCUUUCUCCAGAUCCUUCAAGCCAGACUUUGUCCUGAUUCGCCAACAUGCCUACAGCAUGACUCCGGGCGAAGACUUCAGGAGCCUGGUGAUUGGCCUUCAGUACGGGGGAGUCGCCAGCAUCAACUCCCUGCUCUCCAUCUACAACUUCUGCAGCAAACCCUGGGUGGUGCGUGAUCCAUAACUUGCCUCCUUACCUCCUUUCCUCCCUCCAUCACCCCCUCCAUCUUACCCCACAUAAAGAGGCCCUUAGCGGCCGCCGCUGGCUGAUUUAUUUGGGCUAUUAAAAGGAGCCAUAACACCUGUCUCUGAAACAGUCAAACCAGGACUCCAGUAAGACCAGUUAUUAUUCACCCUGUUUUAACAGCACAGGGGUGGCUAGGCAAAGUGCACUGGAGCUGUACCGGGCCAAGUUACAUUUGUACUAUGGCUACAACCUUUAGAACCCAGACAAAACAUGUUGGUGGUAGUAGACAAAACAUUCCGGAACUUACCUUGAAGAUAGAAUUCUCACAAUUGCUGGAUGUUUUCCAGGUCAAAGUUUCUACCUAAAAACCUUUUUAAUGGAUAGGGCUGCAUUCAGCUUUCAAGGUGUCUGUUUUUUAUUAUCUAGGACUGAAAGCAGUGCAAACAUCCACUGAUUGUGUUUUCUUUGGUGCUAUAAAUUCCAGAUAACUACAGAUGUAGUAUAAGACACUUUCUACCCUGCGUUCUAUAUAACUACUAUAGAAUGGUGUCUCGUGUUUUGUUUCUGCUUGCAGUUUUCCCACAUGAUUAAGCUCUACCAUUCCCUGGGCCCAGAGAAGUUCCCACUGAACGAACAGACCUUCUACCCCAACCACACACAGAUGGUGAGCGCCUUCCUGACACACUGUUUGUUUAUAACGUGUGUUCCUCUUUAA